UUCUACGUUUGGUGAGAAAAGACUCAGUGGAAAAGACUGAACACUGGAACAUUAAUUUCGCGCCGACAUGUCGUUCUGUAACAGUAUGUUACAUGGUCUUUACUUCAUGUCAUGACAAAUUUUUAAUUAAAGUCAAGGAGGUGUUUAGGGCAAGUUGCUGUUAUUUACUUUGCGAGAUUCCUUUUGAUAGUCAGUGUUCACGCCGAGCAUGUAACUUUGUAAGUAUGUUAGAACGUCCUCGACAUUUCCUGUACCUGCUUAUUGCUGGAAUAACUUCACUGGUGCUUUUGAUGCAUCUGUCAAGCUCUUGUGGUAUAAACUGUUGGUUGAGACAGUUUGCACCUGGACCUAAACUAGAGUUUACUACUUUAAACUUCAGUGGGGUUAUUCCAACCAAGCUUAUUCAAUUUAAGGUUGCCCCACGGCUGGACGUUUUGAGACAAUGGGAGGAUGAUUAUUUUACUAGAGUGCUUCAGUUCCCCCAGGUAUCAGUUUUGGUUCUUAAGGCUAAUCCAAAGGACCCUUUAUCAAAUACACCACUUGAUAAAGCAUUUGAUUGGACAGGAUCAGAACUUAUGUGCAAGAACAUUCAAAAUCCACCAAAGAAAAAUUAUCUCCAAUUUUAUAACAAGUCUUGCAAUACAGAUAUGUCAGCAGCAUUCAAACCAGUCAAAUUAGAAGAGUUUUAUUUUGAAAACCCUGAGAGGUUAGACUCUAAUCGUAGACCUAAUGUAGUCACAUUCUUGACUAAAGUGUCAAGAGGCCUGAUAACAGCUGAUCACGGAUAUGUAAUUAGUGACAAUGUUAAAAUUGUUACUGAACAGUGUAUUUUUCCAGACUUAGGGGAACACCCUCCUGCUAACCUUAAACCUCCAACAAAUGUGGAAGACACUGUGUUUGUAUUAUCCCAGUUUUGGGGUAAUAACAUCUUCCACUCAAUGAUGGAGGAGUUCACACGAGCAAGUUUUUAUAUCAACUUCCUUAGAAGACGCAAGGACAUCAAAAUACACAUUUAUAAUGUAGGGAUAGUUAAAAAUAUUUUGAAACACCUUGGAAUUGACCCCUCCAGAAUAGUGACUGGACAUGUGUGGGCCAAGACGAUAUAUCUCCCAGAAGGUACAACAUGUGGAAGAGCCAGACCUAUACAUGCUCAGUUCCUCUCCAAGCACCUUAGACAACAAAUUGAUGAAAAGUUUCGUCAGAAUGAAAGAAACAGUGUAGUUUUAAUCAAAAGAAACCCUGGAACUUUAAGACACUAUUCCCAUCACACAGAGUUACAGAAUUUCAUGGAGAAAAUUGUCCCAGCUCUAGGUUUCAGAUUUGAAUUGUUUACUGAUUCACCAUUACCUUCUUUCAAUGACAUAGCUGCCAUGUUUAAUCGUGCAGUAAUGGUGGUUGCCCCACACGGGGCAGGUCUGUCCAACAUACUGUUCUCAAAACCUGGAACAUUUAUUGUGGAAUUGGUUUGUAAUUGGAUUCAUAUAAAUUUCUGCUAUCAAAAUGCUGCCCAUGUUCUUGGCCAUCGAUGGCAUGGGAUUUCUGGUGUCUCUGGCUGUGAAGGUGUCAUUGACUUACCAACAGAUGAAAUAGAGAACACCAUCAAAUUCUAUCUCACAUGGAUUAAAGAACAUAGAAAAGAAUGGGAAAAAAGUGUUGCUCCUCCAAACAAAAAUUAUUACCUUACCUGGAAAAUUGAACAUGUUGGCAAUCUUACUUUUACAGAUUUUAUUGAAAACACUGAUGACUGGUUGAAAAUGCUGCAACCAUAACAACGGUGAAUUAAUUAUGGGCAUCAUGAUAAUCUGUGCUUAGUUUCUCUAGUAUAUAAGGAGUAGAUAUAAGUUCUUUAAUGUGAUAUUACAGCAUAUACAUGUUAACUAUACAGUAUUACUAUUUAAUACUACAUGUAUACUAUUUGCAGAGCUGCAGUGCUCAGUUAUCUUUUUUUAAAGUUUCAGUUUACCCUAUUUUUUUCUGGGAUUUAUAACUAUAUUGUUUGGUAAAUUAUAUUAGAAUUUUUACUAAUGUAAAAUGAAUUGUAUAAUAACCCAGAGGAGAAAUUACGUUGUUUCAAUGUUAAAGCAAUGUUCAAGGUAAGCAAUAUUGAGAUGUUGUCAUUAGUUUGCCAGGCUUAGGUAACAAAGUUUGAUCAAUAUCAAAUAUGUAACAGUUUGUUUUCAGUUUUAAGAAGUCAGCAACUUGUUUUCAGUCUUAAGAAAUCAGAAUGAUAAAGAUUUUAAAAUAAAUUCUAACAGGAUUUUUAUUCCUGUUGUAAAAUUCUCAACCUCGAAUUGGUCACUUACGCUUCCCCUUAGCAAAUUGGAUACAUCAACUCAAUUACAGUCAUGUCAGAAUUUCUGAUAAAUUGAGAUUCCUUCUUGAAGUUUUGAUGGCAAACUACUUGUUUAAUGUUUGUUUCUGGAGACUGGUGAAAGCAAUUGCUCAUGGCAGCAGAUCAGCCCAUUUGCCAUUCACUGUGGUGUCAAAACCACCCAGUGGUUCUGAAGGAAAAUAUGAGGAUACAGAUGAUUGCUUGCUACAGCCUAUAUACUGAUAAUGACCAUUAUAUUAUACGGCAAUACCCAACUUAAUUGUUCCUGGCCAAGACAACCAUUUUUUUUUUGAGAAGUUGAGCAAAUGGACUGCAGGGCCUGUUUAAUUUCUUGAUUUGUAUCCUAUAGGGCAGUGUUUGGAUACUCAAUACUGGGCUGUAUAAAAAAAGGGAACAUUCCCAGACCCUAUUGUACUGUACUAACUGUGGAUCCCUCUUUUCUUGCUUAAUUGCAUUCAACUUAAGCAGCUUAGAUGUCUGUCACGCCUAUUGAAGCUGCUAGGGCAUGAUCAUCUGUAAAUGUCGGGUUAUAAAAUUUGAGAGAAAUGACAUUUCAGGUAUUUUUAUUUGAUUGAUUUAAUUACAUUCAUGUCCAUUUGACCUUAGCUAUUAUUAUUAUUAUUUUUUUGUUCAAUUAAUUUCACUUUAUAAAUGAAUACCUUUUGACCAAAUUACUUGGAACGGAAUUUUAUUUCUGUGAGAAUUAUAGUUGGACAUAUUUUACACCAUUCUGGUCCCAUUUUAAGACUGACCUUGUAACACAUACAUGACCUUGACCUCUGAUGACCAAAAAACUAUUAUCCUUUAAUUUCAUGACUUUAAUCUGGCACGUUAAAGAGAGGCUUGACCUCAAUGAAUUUAUCUAGUUCAACUGAAUUGUUUUUGGAUCAGAAAUGUCAUUUUUGUAUGUGUUUGGAUGCAAAUUUGACCUUGACAUACAGUAUUUUACCUGUUAAAUACAAUAUUCAGAAAGGUGACCUCUUGUAUGCAGUUCUCAAUAGGUGCUAGAAAAAUCAUAUAAAGUUCAUUCGUGAAAGAAUAAAGAAACAAAACAUACAUUUUUCACACUAAACACACAUUACAACACAUAUGCAACAGAGACAAUCUAGCAUACAGUAGUCUCAUUGGACAUUAACAGCACUUAAAA